GACAAUAGUCAGGCGUACCCUUUGCACGGCAUCGUGUUUCAGGAAAUAAGUGUGAACUCAAUAUGAGCACAGUUGUUACAUAACUGUGGUUGUCUGCGGUUAUUUAUUUUUUUCAAGACACGGAACUGAGAGAAUGUGAUCAGGUUUCCUCAGUAGGGCAUUAGAUAUUUUGUGCGGUUGGCCAGUCAAAGACAGUCCCGUCUUAGAAGUGGAGACGUUUUUUUGAGUUUUUGAACAAGAUGAGGCCAACAAUAAUCUUUUUUUUUCUGACAUGCCUGUUCCUAAAUAAAAUAGCAGUGACAGGUGAACCGACAUUCUCCUCAUCCAUUCGCCAGGAGGGAGGUUUUAUAUCAGCUAAUGUUGGUGACAAGGAAACUUUGCGAUGUUUCUAUACAGAUGAUAUUGCUACAAGACUUUACUGGUACAAACAAAGUCUGGGAGAAAAACCAAGGCUCAUCUCUACCUUCUAUAAGUAUGAAAGAAAUGGUUCUUUUUAUAAUGAGUUCAAGAACAAUCCACGCUUCACACUGGAUACUGGAAAGAGUAACUAUCACUUGAAGAUUUCAGAUUUACGCAUUUCAGACUCAGCGACUUACUACUGUGCAAGUAGCUAUACAUUUAUUUCUGAAUUUGCAGAGGGCAUCACUGUCAGUGUAAAGGGUUCAGGUUUCAACAUUCCAACUGUGAUCCAUCAGUCAGCAUCUGAGACCAUCCAGCCAGGAGGCUCUGUGACUCUGAACUGUACAGUACACACUGGGACCUGUGAUGGAGAACACAGUGUUUACUGGUUCAAAGACUCUGAAGAAUCUCAUCCAGGACUCAUUUACACCCAUGGAGGCAGGAAUGAUCAGUGUGAGAGGAAACCCAACACACAAACACACACCUGUGUCUACAACUUGCCGAUGAAGAGCCUGAAUCUUUCUCAUGCUGGGACCUACUACUGUGCUGUUGCCUCAUGUGGACACAUACUGUUUGGAAACGGGACCAAGCUGGACUUUGAAGAUGAGGUGGACUGUCUUUUCUUGUUGCAUUUAUUGACAGGAAUUUCAGCGUUUACCACCAUCCUGGUUGUUUUACUGGCUUUCUCAGUCUGCACGAUGAACAAGAGAAACAGCUGCCUUUUGACAGAGUCUCAAGCAGGACCUCCAGAUUCAUACAAAAGCAAUGCAAAGGGUUCCCAAAAUGAAGAUCUCCUUUGUUACAUUGCUUUAAGGGAGAUCAACAGAUUGGGAAGUGAGGGAGACAACACCUGGAGUGAGUGUGUGUACUUUCAUGUAAAACAGUAGAGCUGAACUCAGUUUUGUAUAUUUUUUAUAUUAUAGAAAAUAUAUUUUGUAUGUUAUUAAAUAUUUUUUCUCUGUGUGAUUCAAGUAAAGUCUCACUUUGCGGUAAUCUCAUUAAAGACAUAACGUGCCAUGCAAUGAUUGCCAAAGUCUGUGUCGAUGCUGUAAUUGACCUUUGCGUGUCUGGUGCCACUAUAGUCAAAGUAUGUAGGUGAUAAAAUGAACUUCACAGUGGACGAUGUACAAACUGCCAGAGCAUUUCUAACUUUUUCAUGAAGUCUAGUCUUCACCAUUGUCUUUACAGAAACAGACUAUACAAGAGGUUUUGAUGGAGUCACCAGUGGUGAGAUAAAAUAUGAUGAUGGUUUUGUAAGGUUUGGUCAUGUACACAUCAAUACGCAUUUUCACUUCUUGUUCAAGUCAAUACAACGAUUAUAGUGAAAUGUUCUGCUUUUAAAGAAGAACAACUGAUAUUUUUUGUCUAAAUUUCUUUGUGAUCUUCUUGUGAUCAAACUAAUAUAGGGAGCUCAUGUUCAGUGAUGCUGUAUGUUAGGAUGCAUGCAUGUAUUAAGAUGUUAUGAACGUUUCUAGUCCUGGUAGAACUCUGGACGGAGACCCACAUAUUAAGGCUGUAUCUUUCUAUGCUGAAUGAGAUUGUCUAUGGUCUCCUCAGUGCUGAUAUUAAAGCGUCAACUGAAGAUCAACUUGUCGUG